AUGUGGGCUUCCUAUAAGGGUCGUGUGGAGGUUGCCCAGCUACUUCUGGAGAAAGGAGCUAGUCCCAACAUCACUGGCCAGGUACACUGGUACUAUCUAAAGCGCUUUAGACAUUUUAUUCAUAAAUUAAAGAAUACAUCAUUAGGUAAAUAAUGAGUGUAUUUCAGUAGGAGUUAAAUAUGCUAAUGUCUGUCCUUACAGUACAGCGUCUACCCCAUUAUCUGGGCGGCUGGACGAGGUCAUGCUGAUAUAGUCCAUCUCCUGAUUCACCACGGAGCUAAAGUCAACUGCUCUGACAAGGUAAGCACUCACCACUGGUUCUGUGUUCAAUUUGUCUUAUACAAAAAUGCCAUGAAGGUAAUGACUUUUAAAAAUGACUCAAAAGUGACUCAAAAGUUUUUCAACUAUACUAAAUGACCCUACAUUCAGUGUUUUAAUAGUCAUCAAUCAUCUGUUUCUUUCUCUUUUCUCUCCUCCCCUGUUCUCAGUAUGGCACUACCCCGUUGAUCUGGGCGGCCAGGAAGGGUCACUAUGACAGUGUGAUACACUUGCUGGUCAAUGGGGCCGAUGUGGACCAGGAGGGAGCGGUAAGUGGACCUCCCUACUCUCAUUAAAACCUCAUUACACAAGGCCUGAGCAGAUCACACACAAUGGGCUCAAGCAAGGGUAGGUUCACUACAAAAUAGCUUUUUUAUCAAUUCUGUCUUUGAAAAAAUAUAUGUAUAUUCACAAAUGCAUUGUCAGAGGUUUUUGUCAUACGUUUGACUACCCACUCUUUAAAAUAAGACCUUAUCUGAUGAGUCAGAGCUUUGUCUGUAUAGAUAUCCAUUCAUUCCCAUUCAUAGUGGGGGAAAAAAAAAAAACUGGCUUUAGCUGCAACUCAUGAAAGGAAACACUGUGGUGAAACGACAAAAAUCAAACUGCUAUUUUCUCCCUAUCAGAAUUCCAUGACAGCUCUGAUCGUGGCGGUGAGGGGUGGUUUCAAUGAGGUGGUGAAGGAGAUUUUGAAGAGGAACCCCAACGUCAACAUGACAGACAAGGACGGCAACACAGCCCUGAUGAUCGCUGCCAAGGAGGGCUACACUGAGAUAGUCCAGGACCUGUUGGACGCUGGCACCUACGUCAACAUACCAGCCAGGGUAGAUGACCAUCACCAACCUCUAAAGAUGAGCUAAAACAUUGCCCUGACAAUAAACAGUAGAGACAGGAUUAUAUCAACAUGAAUGAUAAUGGUCAUGCUAUAUGGAUAAAUGUGCUGAAGGUAGCAGCACAUGUAUCGUCUGCUCCUCUACAGUAUGAUCUAUAUUUUCUAUUGUGUGAUAACUGAGUUUGUGUUCUCUGUAUUGAAAGCCUGUGAUGUUUAUUUUGUGUGUCACAGAGUGGGGAGACAGUGCUGAUCGGAGCAGUGAGAGGAGGCCAUGUGGAGAUCGUCAGAGCCCUUCUGAACAAAUAUGCCGACAUUGACGUCAGGGGACAGGUAGUAGUCUCUCUAAUGUGACCCAUCCACAUUAUUAAAGGCACACUGCAGUCAAAAGCGGGAUUUUCCUGUGUUUUAUAUAUAUUUCCACACUGAGGUUGGUUUAAUAUUGAUAUAAUGAUUAUGCCCUUUUAGUAUAAGAGCUGUUUGAAAAGACCACCUGAAAUUUCAGCCUGUUUUGGUGGGGUGGAGUUUUGGCCCUCCUAGUGAUAUCACCAGGCGGUAAAUUAGUUAAUAGACCAAUAACAAAGAGUUCCAAACCUUUCUGCCAAUAACAGCUAGUUCUCAGUUUUCCUCUCCCCACUCAGACCACACCCAGACAGUCCUAGCAAAAUCCUUGCUUGAGAAAUUGCUCUUGGCUAAGAAACUAUUUUUGUUUAUUUUUGACCAUUUUAAAUGAAAACAAUCACAGUAAGGUACUUAAUUGUUACCCAGAAAUGAUUUGAUAAUGAGAGACAAACGGCUGCAUUGGACCUUUAACAUCUCUGCUCUAUCAUCAUGCCAAUACUGGUCCUAUUCAUUAGGGCACGCCGUAGCAAAAUGUUUUACAACGGAAAACAAAAACAAGCGUGUCUUAUUGGAUAUGUUCAGAUAGUCCCUCCUUGUUUCUGUCAGGUUUCUUCUGUUUGGUGCCUAAUGAAUAUGACCCUCUUCUCCACUGUGUAAAACAGGAUAGUAAGACUGCCCUCUACUGGGCAGUGGAGAAAGGGAACACCACCAUGGUGAGAGACAUCCUCCAGUGCAACCCGGACACUGAGAGCUGCACCAAGGUAAGGAACAGCCACAGCUGCUAUAAAUGAAUGAACAGUCAUUUUAUAGCACUGUGACAAAUUCCUCUCUUGUCAACGUCAACAUUGUGAUAAAGUUGUGACGGUUUAAAAACAAGUUUUAAACAAGAGUGAUUAGUGUUGCAAAUGUACAUUUGCUUGCUUCUAUUCUCACCAAUCACUGUUCUUGGUCUGAGAUGAUGAUGAUGAUGAUGUGUGUUUCAGGAUGCAGAGACCCCUUUGAUCAAAGCCACCAAGAUGAGGAACAUUGAGAUAGUGGAGCUGCUCCUGGACAGAGGGGCCAAGGUGGCUGCUGUGGACAAGGUACUGGAGAAACACAACAUACAGAGUCUAGUAUACAGUGGUGUGAAAAAGUGUUUGCCCCCUUCCUGAUUUGUUUGCAUGUUUGUCACACUUAAAUGUUUCAGAUCAUCAAACAAAUGUAAAUAUUAGUCAAAGAUAACUCAAGUAAACACAAAAUGCAGUUUUGAAAUGAAGGUUGUUAUUAUUAAGGGAAAACAAAAUCCAAACCUACAUGGCCCUGUGUGAAAAAGUGUUUGCCCCUCCUGUUAUAACACAACUCAACUGUGGUUUAUCACACCUGAGUUCAAUUCCUCUAGCCCCACCCAGGCCUGAUUACUGCCACACCUGUUCUCAAUCAAGGAAUCACUUAAAUAGGACCUGCCUGAUAAAGUGAAGUAGACCAAAAGAUCCUCAAAAGCUAGACAUCAUGCCGAGAUCCAAAGAAAUUCAGGAGCAAAUGAGAAAGAAAGUAAUUGAGAUCCAUCAGUCUGGAAAAGGUUAUAAAGCCAUUUCUAAAGCUUUGGGACUCCAGCAAACCACAGUGAGAGCCAUUAUCCACAAAUGGCGAAAACAUGGAACAGUGGUGAACCUUCCCAGGAGUGGCCGGCCGACCAAAAUUACCCCAAGAGCGCAGCGAUGACUCAUCCAAGAGGUCACAAAAGACCCCACAACAACAUCUAAAGAGCUGCAGGCCUCACUUGCCUCAGUUAAGGUCAGUGUUCAUGACUCCACCAUAAGAAAGAGACUGGCAAAAAUGGCCUGCAUGGCAGAGUUCCAAGACGAAAACCACUGCUGAGCAAAAAGAACAUUAAGGCUCGUCUCAUUUUUGCCAGAAAACAUCUUGAUGAUCCCCAAGACCUUUGGGAAAAUACUCUGUGGACUGACGAGACAAAAGUUGAACUUUUUGUAAGGUGUGUGUCCCAUUACAUCUGGCGUAAAAGUAACACCGCAUUUCAGAAAAAGAACAUCAUACCAACAGUAAAAUAUGGUGGUGGUAGUGUGAUGGUCUGGGCCUGUUUUGCUGCUUCAGGACCUGGAAGACUUGCUGUGAUAAAUGGAACCAUGAAUUCUGCUGUCUACCAAAAAAUCCUGAAGGAGAAUGUCCGGCCAUCUGUUCGUGACCUCAAGCUGAAGCGAACUUGGGUUCUGCAGCAGGACAAUGAUCCAAAACACACCAGCAAGUCCACCUCUGAAUGGCUGAAGAAAAACAAAAUGAAGACUUUGGAGUGGCCUAGUCAAAGUCCUGACCUGAAUCCUAUUGAGAUGCUGUGGCAUGACCUUAAAAAGGCAGUUCAUGCUCAAACCGUCCAAUGUGGCUGAAUUACAACAAUUCUGCAAAGAUGAGUGGGCCAAAAUUCCUCCACAGCGCUGUACAAGACUUAUUGCAAGUUAUAGCAAACGCUUGAUCACUUUUUCACACAGGGCCAUGUUGGUUUGGAUUUUGUUUUCCCUUAAUAAUAACAACCUUCAUUUCAAAACUGCAUUUUGUGUUUACUUGUGUUAUCUUUGACUAAUAUUUAAAUUUGUUUGAUCUGAAACAUUUAGUGUGACAAACAUGCAAACAAAUAAGAAAUCAGGAAGGGGGCAAACACUUUUUCACACCACUGUAUGUCUUUAGAAUACGAUCACAGGUUCUGUAUUCGAGCCAAUGUCUGAUGUGUGACCGCCAAAUAUACUGUAUAUCCACAUUGCGCAGGACAAUAAAGUGUUUCUACCCUACUUUACUCUAAUCAUCUCUCUCUUCUCCUGUCCAGAAAGGCGACACGGCCCUUCACAUUGCCAUCAGAGGGCGGAGCCGCAAGCUUGCUGAGCUCCUCCUGAGGAACCCUAAAGAUGGCCGCCUGCUCUACCGCCCCAAUAAGGCCGGCGAGACGCCCUACAACAUCGACUGCACCCACCAGAAGAGCAUCCUCACUCAGAUCUUUGGAGCCAGUGAGACACGAUACUCAAAUCACAUAGACAUGCAUAUAGUACUCUAGGGUUGUAUUUGAGCCUGUUAUUAUUAAAGAAAUUGUAAUACCCAACUGCUAUUAUUUAAGUCACCUUUGAAUAUGAAUCAUUACAUUUAGCUCUCUCACGCUUGUUUUGGAAAUUUGGGGAUAAAGAUUAUUUGUAAGUAUUGCUGUAUUCAUCAAGUGAUGACCACUCACUCUCCCCUCUCUCUCCCUCUCCCCUGUCUCUCAGAGCACCUGUCUCCCUCCGAGUCUGACGGUGACAUGCUGGGGUAUGACCUGUACAGCAGUGCCCUGGCAGACAUCCUCAGUGAGCCCACCAUGCAGCCGCCCAUCUGUGUGGGCCUGUACGCCCAGUGGGGCAGCGGCAAGUCCUUCCUGCUCAAGAAACUGGAGGGUAAGAGAGGACCACCAGGAACAUCACUAGGGCUGUUCUUUUGCUAGUGUCCCAUGGCUCUCAUGUAAAAAUUAUUAGACUUUUAACCUCUCACUAAACAACAGCAAUAUGAAUCUAAAAGUGAAUAUGUCAGCCCAUUUAGUCACGUUCUGUACAUUAGGUUUCCUUUUUCUCAUUACCAGGCUGUCUGCCUUAGUGCCUCAUUUGCUGUAGGUUCCUGUGUAAGGCAGGAACCGCUAGGGGUCCUACUCAUUUGCACUCCCUCUCCUCCAGAUGAGAUGAAGACAUUUGCAGGCCAGCAGAUUGAGCCUCUGUUCCAGUUCUCGUGGCUGGUGGUGUUCCUGUCCCUGCUGCUGUGUGGUUCUGUAGCUCUGGUCCUGGGCUUCACCGUCGACCCCCGCCUGGCCAUCGCCGUCUCCCUCAGCCUCCUCACCCUGCUCUACAUCUUCUUUGGUGAGAAACACUAGAGUAGAAUGGAAUGGAAGAGAAUAAAAUGGGUAAACAAACUCUGGUCCUUGGGUGUCCUACAGUUAAGGAAAGUUGCAUGUAUUAUAUCACUAGAGGGCUCCAUGGGUCUACGUUUCGAGCGAUCAUACAGCGUUUUACUACAUACAACUACAUUUUUCAGGUUCUACCCACUGGAUGUCAUCAUAGGUAGGUGAAAGUCUGAUGGUGAAUCAAUAUGAUGUAUUAUUUUCUCUCUCCCUCCCUGCAGUGUUGGUAUACUUCGGGGGUCGUCGUGAGGGGGAGAACUGGAACUGGGCGUGGGUCCUCAGCACCCAUCUGGCCCGCCAGGUGGGCUACCUGGAGCUGCUGCUCAAACUUAUGUUUGUCAACCCCCCCGAGCUGCCAGAGCAGACCACCCGCGCCCUGCCUGUCAGGUAACACACACAGAUAUAUACAUCAAAUGCAUGCUUGUAGACGCUCGUGCACACGCACCUUGAUGUGAACGACCUUCAAUAGAAAAAGUAUAUUCUAGAAAUCUUGCCUGUGUGUGUGUCAGGUUCUUGUUCACAGACUACAAUCGUCUGUCCAGUGUGGGAGGGGAGACCAGCCUGGCAGAGAUGAUAGCCACCCUGUCUGACGCCUGUGAGAGGGAGUUUGGCUUCAUGGCCACCCGCCUCUUCAGGGUGUUCAAGAACGAGGAGAACCAAGGUACUAUCUUUGUCUCCACUUUGGAUAUCCUUUAGAACCUUGUCUUAUUACCUCUGUGUCUCUAAUAUUGUAUAUUUAGUGUACAGCAGGCCUCAAAUUUCCCGGCAGCCCCCUUGUGUGGCCGUUGUGCCCUUGGGCUGAAUAUAAUCAUUAUAAUUCCCUUCUCCCGGCUGCCAAUCGCCGUGCUCCGAAGCACCUCUCACUCACAUGGCUUUCUCAGAUAUCGCAAUUCUUAUUAGCCAAUGUCUGUCAGGUGAUCGGGUCCUUAUCACAGGCCUUGCAGCUCCGAAGUACAAGUGAAGACAGACACAUCGGGGAUGCAAAGGCGCGCGACAUUCUUAUCGAAUUCCGAGGCGCUCAUUGAAGAUGUUAGAGGAACUGUCCACGUUUACUUUUCCUCAGCCAACAGGAUGAGUAACGAACAGCAAAAGCACUAGCCUAUGUCAGUCUACUAUCCCCCAUAGUACAAAGGUUUACCUAUUAUAUUGGUCAGCUUGUCAUUCUGUGCUAGAAAUAAAUAUUCCAAACAGAAUCUGGGACAGUUGUGGGACGAUAGAUCCCAAAUUCAUACAACCACUACAUCAAAAAACCUUUUAAAAGCAAAGAGUCUGAUGCAACAGAUCAGAACGUUUAGCUUAAAAUGUUGAUAAACUAUUAUUUCUUCACGUUAUAAGGGCAGCAAGGCGCACACAGCAGUAGGCUAUAGGUGCGAAUGUUCCAAAAUGCAAUUAGCGGGAAAACACCUUUCUCAAAAGCGCACCACAAAUGCAAGCGGUUUCAUGUGACAGAUGAAAAUAUCCUUUAGAAAGAGGGAAGAUCUAAAGAUGCAACAACUAGCAUGGAUUGCUAAUAUGACUAAUAUGACUGUCUUUGGCUGCUGGACACUAAAAGAAAGUUGAUUUUGAAAACCAAUAGAACAUGACAGCCUACUGGUUUCAAUGGCAUAUGAGGAAGUGUUGAUAAAAUAAUUCCCUCAACGUUUCUAUGGUCUGAAUUUGGCUAGGCUACUUAGAAGUAAGGUGAGACAUGCCUCAUAAAAAAAAUAAAAAUAAAGUCCAAGUUUUAAACAAUUACGUUUAUGGUUUCAAAAUGCACUGUUCUUUCUCUGCUAUCUGAACGAACAGUGUCUCAAGUACAGUACCAGUCAAAAGUUUGGACACACCUACUCAUUCCAGGGUUUUUCUUAAUUUUUACUAUCUUCUACAUUGUAGAAUAAUAGUGAAGACAUAAACUAUUUUUUUUAAAAAUCCAAAUGUAUUUGAUUGUGUGUGUCUUUGUGAUGAGGUGGUGUAACAGGCUUUAAUUCGCAAAAUACAGGUUUAUGCAGAAAUGCGUCAAACACACUCCAGGGCACAAAACAGGCACAUUGGAAAAUACAAGGCAGGAGGACGCGGAGCCGGAUGGCGACGGUGGAAAUCCCGAAACAUGGAGGGAUCGAGGAUAUCCCUCACCGGGACCCAGCACCGUUCCUCCGGACCGUACCCCUCCCACUCCACGAGGUACUGAAGGCCCCCCACCCGACGGCUCGAAUCCAGGAUGGAACAAACAGAGUAUGCCGGGGCCCCCUCGAUGUCCAGAGGAGGUGGAGGGACCUCCCGCACCUCAGACUACUGGAGCGGACCAGCUACCACCGGCCUGAGGAGAGACACAUGAAACGAGGGGUUAAUAUGGUAAUCAGGGGGAAGUAAUAACCUAUAAGUGACCUCGUUGACUCUCCUCAGGACUUUGAAAGGCCCCACAACCCGCAGGCUCAGCUUCCGGCAGGGCAGGCGGAGGGGCAGAUUCCGGGUCGAGAGCCAGACCCGAUCCCCCGGUACAAAGACGGGGGCCUCACUGCGGUGGCGGUCAGCGUUGGCCUUCUGACGACGCACGACGCGUUGGAGGUGAACGUGGGCAGCAUCCCACGUCUCCUCCGCGCGCUGAAACCAGUCAUCCACCGCAGGAGCCUCGGUCUGGCUCUGGUGCCACGGUGCCAGAACCGGUUGGUAACCUAGAACACACUGGAAAGGUGUUAGGUUAGUGGAGGAGUGGCGGAGAGAGUUCUGGUUAUAUUCUGCCCAUGGCAAGAACACCGACCACUCCCCCGGCCGGUCCUGGCAGUAGGACCGCAGGAACCUACCCACGUCCUCAUUUACCCGUUCCACCUGCCCAUUACUCUCGGGGUGGAACCCAGAGGUCAGGCUGACCGAGACCCCCAGACGUUCCAUGAACGCCUUCCAGACCUUGGACGUGAACAGGGGACCUCGGUCAGACACUAUAACCUCUGGUACCCCGUAGUGCCGGAAGACAUAUGUAAACAGGGCCUCCGCAGUUUGCAGAGCCGUGGGGAGACCGGGCAGAGGAAGGAGGCGGCAGGCUUUAGAAAAAUGGUCCACAACGACCAGGAUGGUGAUGUUACCUUGGGAGAGGGGAAGAUCAGUUAGAAAAUCAACACUUAGGCGAGACCAUGGUCGUUGUGGAACUGAUAAAGGUUGUAACUUACCAGCUGGGAGGUGCCUAGGUGCCUUACUCUGGGCGCACACUGAGCAGGAGGAGACAUACACCCUCACGUCCUUAGCCAAGGUAGGCCACCAGUAUUUUCCGGUCAGGCAGCGCACUGUACGACCGAUACGAGGGGUACGUGUGUGCCCAGUAGAUCAGACGAUCACGGCUAAGAGCAGGCACGUACUGUAGCCCAUCUGGACACUGAGGUGGAGAGGGAUCUGUGCGUAAUGCCUGCUCUAUAUCCACGUCCAUCGCCCAUACUACCGGCGCCACAAUGCAGGAGGCCGGCAGUAUGGGGGUGUUGUCGCUGGGCCUCUCCUCUGUGUCAUACAGCCGGGACAGUGCGUCUGCCUUCACGUUCUUCGUACCCGGGAUGUAUGAUAGAGUGAAGUGUCAAACCGGGUGAAGAAUAGGGCCUGCCUGGCCUGGCGAGGAUUCAGCCUCAUCGCUGCCCGGAUGUACUCCAGGUUACGGUGGUCCGUCCAGACGAGGAAAGGGUGUUUUGCCCCUUCGAGCCAAUGCCUCCACACGGUCAAGGCUCGGACAACAGCCAACAGCUCCUGAUCACCAACGCCGUAGUUCUGCUCCGCCGGGCUGAGCUUCUUCGAGAAGAACGCACAGGGGCAGAGCUUGGGUGGUGUACCCGAGCGUUGAGACAGGACAGCUCCUAUCCCAACCUCGGAAGCAUCCACCUCGACUACGAACGAUAGUGAUGAAUCGGGGUGGGCCAGUACUGGGGCUGAGGUGAACAGACCCCACAGUGUGCUGAAGGCCAGGUCAGCCUCAGCAGACCAGCGGAGCCGGGAUGGCCCACCCUUCAACAGGGAGGUAAUGGGAGCUGCGACCUUGCCAAAGCCCCGGAUAAACCUCCAAUAGUAGUUGGCAAAGCCAAGGAAGCGCUGCACCUCCUUAACCGUGGUUGGAGUCGGCCAAUUACGCACGGCUGAAAUGCGAUCUCCCUCCAUCUCCACACCUGAGGUGGAAAUGCGGUAUCCAAAGAAGGAGACGGACUGCUGGAAAAACAUACACUUCUCUGCCUUAGCAUAAAGGUCAUUUUCCAACAGUCGGGCCAGCACCUUGCGAACCAGGGACACAUGCUUGGCGCGCAUAGUGGAAUACACCAGGAUGUCAUCGAUGUAGACCACUACACCGCGACCAAGCAUGUCCCGAAACACCUCGUUCACAAAGGACUGGAAAACUGAGGGAGCAUUCAUCAAAACAUAGGGCAUCACCAGGUAUUCAUAAUGCCCCGUGGUUGUGCUAAAUGCUGUCUUCCACUCAUCUCCCUCUCGGAUACACACCAGGUUGUACGCACUCCUGAGAUCUAAUUUGGUGAAGAAGCGAGCCCCAUGCAUUGAUUCAAUCACUGAAGGAAUGAGGGGGAGAGGAUAACUAAAUCUUAUCGUCUCCCUGUUCAGUGGUUGAUAAUCAAUGCACAGGCGCAGACCUCCGUCCUUCUUCUUCACAAAGAAGAAACUCGAGGAGGCGGGUGAAGUAGAGGGACGUAUAUACCCCUGGCGCAGGGACUCGGUGACAUGUUUCCAUCGCCACCGUUUCAGCCUGUGACGGGGGUAUAUAUGACUCCUGGGAGGUACAGCGUCUACCUGGAGGUUUAUUGCGCAAUCCCCCGCCCGAUGAGGUGGUAAUUUAGUCGCCUGCGUUUUAGAGAACGCUUGCGCCAGAUCGAGGUAUUCAGGGGGAAUGCGCACGGUGGAGGUACUGUCUGGACUUUCCACCGUGGUUGCACCAACGGAAACACCUAGACACCUACCCUGACACUCUCGCGACCAUCCUCCUUCGUUCCACACCGCGUUGGCCCACUUCAGGGCUUUCCCGAGAGGCAGGAGACGAGGGCGGACACCUUCUUCCGCUCCGAUGGGACCGGCCGGAUGCUGGAGAAGUAGAGCUCCAGUUGGAGAAGGAAUCCUUGGCACAGCGCCACUGUCCCGUCGAACUCCCAUGGUCGGGAUAUCUGGAUCCCUCCGGGUGCUGGGGUGUAGGUGGGGGGGGGAUCGGGUUGGCCAGCUGGUCUCGACGGAUCGGGCUCUCUCCUCUCCAGGCGUUGGACGACCUGAAGAACCCGAUCCAUCGCUUCACCCAAGCUGGCUAGCAUAGUUGAAUGCUCCUGGACCCGUUCCACGACUCCAGGCAUUCAUGUCUCUCCCGCUGACUCCAUAGCGGGUGGGUGAUUCUGUGAUGAGGUGGUGUUGAAGGAGUUAGGCGCAGGAGGGUAAACAAAACAGGCGCACUGGAAAAUACAAGACACAUGGGAAAUACUCCCGUCGAUACAAAAUACACAAGCUCCACCGAGCUUCACUAACCUCCACAAUAAACAAUCACCCACACAGACAAGGAAGCAGAGGGAACACUUAUACAAUGACUAAUGAGGGAAUAAGGACCAGGUGUGUGUGAUUGAAGACAAGACAAAUGGAGUGAUGAUAAAUGGAUCGGCAGUAGCUAGUAAGCCGGUGACGUCGAACGCCGAAACCUGCCCGAACAAGGAGGGGAGGCAGCCUCGGCGGAAGUCGUGACAGUCUUCACACCACAGAGUUAAUACUUGGUGAAAGUACCUUCGGAAGCCAUUACAGAUGUGAAUAAUUUUGAAUAAGGUUCUACCAACAUUUACAGUACCAGUCAAAAGUUUGAUUUAUUUUUACUAUUUUCUACAUUGUAAAAUAAUAGUGAAUACAUCAAAACUAUGAAAUAACACAUAUGAAAUCAUGUAGUAACCAAAGAAGUGUUAAACAAAUCAAAAUAUAUUUUAUAUUUGAUAUUCUUCAAAGUAGCCACUCUUUGCCUUGAUGACAGCUUUGCACACUCUUGGCAUUCUCUCAACCAGCUUCAUGAGGUUGUCACCUGGAAUGCAUUUCAAUUAACAGGUGUGCCUUGUUAAAAGUUAAUUUGUGGAAUUUCUUUCCUUCUUAAUGCGUUUGAGCCAAUCAGUUGUUUUGUGACAAGGUAGGGGUGGUAUACAGAAGAUAGCCCUAUUUGGUUAAAGACCAAGUCCAUAUCAUGGAAAGAACAGCUCAAAUAAGCAAAGAGAAACGACAGUCCAUCAUCGCUUUGACUGACCUUGUCUUAAUCUGGAAAAUUUCAAGAACUUUGAAAGUUUCUUCAAGUGCAGUUGCAAAAACCAUCAAGCGCUAUGAUGAAACUAGCUCUCAUGAGGACCACCACAGGAAAGGAAGACCCAGAGUUACCUCUGCUGCAGAGGAUAUGUUCAUUAGAGUUAACUGCACCUCAGAUUGCAUCCCAAAUAAAUGCUUCACAGAGUUCAAGUAACAAUUUGUAAGUCGCUCUGGAUAAGAGCGUCUGCUAAAUGACGUAAAUGUAACAAACACCUCAACAUCAACUGUUCAGAGGAGACUGCGUGAAUCAGGCCUUCAUGGUUGAAUUGCUGCAAAUAAACCAUUACUAAAGGACACCAAUAAUAAGAAGAGACUUGCUUGGGCCAAGAAACACGAGCAAUGGACAUUAGACCGGUGGAAAUCUGUCCUUUUGGUCUGAUGAUUUUUGGUUCCAACCGCUGUGUCUUUGUGAGACGCAGAGUAGGUGAACGGAUGAUCUCCACAUGUAUGGUUCCCACCGUGAAGCAUGGAGGAGGUGUGAUGGUGUGGCGUUGCUUUGCUGGUGACACUGUCUGUGAUUUAUUUAGAAUUCAAGGCACACUGAACCAGCAUGGCUACCACAGCAUUCUGCAGCGAUGCGCCAUCCGAUCUAGUUUGCGCUUAGUGGGACUAUAAUUUGUUUUUGAACAGGACAAUGACCCAAAACACACCUCCAGGCUGUGUAAGGGCUAUUUGACCAAGAAGGAGUGUGAUUGAGUGCUGCAUCAGAUGACCUGGCCUCCACAAUCACCCGACCUCAACCCAAUUGAGAUGGUUUGGGAUGAGUUGGGUGUAGUUAUUUCCCUAUAAUGCACACUCUGUCGUGCAUUAUCGCUUGCGUAGCUUGGACUAUAUAGUCCCCCUGUUGGUACGCUGUAACAACCUAUGUAGCUAAUGUAAAGUGUUGCUUGAAACAUACCAUUUGCUGUAGUUACAGGCAAUAACUCUAGCCUUUGCCCCCUCUCCCCUCCCCCUCCAGGUAAGAAGUGGAAGAAGACGUGCUGCGUGCCCAGCUUCAUGCUGUUCGUCGUGACUCUGGGCUGCCUGAUCACGGCCAUGGCGCUGCUGGCCAUCUUUAAGGUACCUACACACACUGACACACACACACCGUGUUGAGCAUCUGCUGUACAUGAAACAAAUAUUUAAGCUACGGACCUUUUUUCAUUUAUGUAGGUGCAGCGUGAGAACCUCACGGUGAACGCUGUGCUGAUCGCCAUGGCCAGCGUGGUGGGCCUGGCCCUCCUGUUGAACUGUAGGACCUGGUGGCAGGUGGCCGACUCCGUCCUCAACUCCCAGAGGAAGAGACUGCACAGUGCCGCCAACAAGAUGCACAAGCUCAAGAGCGAGGGCUUCAUGAAGGUAGUGUAAACCCAGUGACCGAAAUCUUUUUCAAUGUUUUCAAUCAAAAAUACGUAUUUCCAAUAUCUUUUUAGCACAUUUUCAACGUCUUUUCAACAUCCUUAAAAUGUAUUUUGCUUAUAGGGAAUACUCUGUUUGAUAGGUUCCUCUCCAGUUGUAUUCAAAUAGUGCCGAAUCCCUAACUUGAGAAUAGAUACAGUUGAAGUCGGAAGUUUACAUAUACUUAGGUUGGAGUCAUUAAAACUCGUUUUCAAACACUCCACAAAUGUCUUGUUAACAAACUAUAGUUUUAGCAAGUAUGUUAGGACAUCUACUUUGUGCAUGACACAAGUCAUUUUUCCCACAAUUGUUUACAGACAGAUUAUUUCACUUAUAAUUCACUGUAUCACAAUUUCAGUGGGUCAGAAGUUUGCAUACACUAAGUUGACUGUGGCUUUAAACAGCAUGGAAAAUUCCAGAAAAUGAUGUCAUGGCUUUAGAAGCUUCUGAUAGGCUAAUUGACAUCAUUUGAGUCAAUUGGAGCUGUACCUGUGGAUGUAUUUCAAGGCCUACCUUCAAACUCAGUGCCUCUUUGCUUGACAUCAUGGGAAAAUCAAAAGAAAUCAGCCAAGACCUCAGAAAAAAAUGGUAGACCUCCACAAGUCUGGUUCAUCCUUGGGAGCAAUUUCCAAACGCCUGAAGGUACCAUGUUCAUCUGUACAAACAAUAGUACGCAAGUAUAAACACCAUGGGACCACGCAGCCGUCAUACCGCUCAGCAAGGAGACGCGUUCUGUCUACUAGAAAUUAACGUACUUUGGUGUGAAAAGUGCAAAUCAAUCCCAGAACAACAGCAAAGGACCUUGUGAAGAUGCUGGAGGAAACAGGUACAAAAGUAUCUAUAUCCACAGUAAAACGAGUCCUAUAUCGACAAAACCUGAAAGGCCGCUCAGCAAGGAAGAAGCCACUGCUCCAAAACCGCCAUAAAAAAAGCCAGACUACGGUUUGCAACUGCACAUGGGGACAAAGAUCGUACUUUUUGGAGAAAUGUCCUCUGGUCUGAUGAAACAAAAAUAGAACUGUUUGGCCAUAAUGGCCAUCGUUAUGUUUGGAGGAAAAAGAGGGUAACUUGCAAAACGAAGAACAUCAUCCCAACCGUGAAGCACGGGGGUGGCAGCAUCAUGCUGUGGGGGUGCUUUACUGCAGGAGGGACUGGUGCACUUCACAAAAUAGAUGGCCUCAUGAGGAAGGAAAAUUAUGUGGAUAUAUUGAAGCAACAUCUCAAGACAUCAGUCAGGAAGUUAAAGCUUGGUCGCAAAUGGGUCUUCCAAAUGGACAAUGACCCCAAGCAUACUUCCAAAGUUGUGGCAAUUUGGCUUAAGGACAACAAAGUCAAGGUAUUGGAGUGGCCAUCACAAAGCCCUGACCUCAAUCCUAUAGAAAAUGUGUGGGUAGAACUGAAAAAGCGUGUUCGAGCAAGGAGGCCUACAAACCUGACUCAGUUACACCAGCUCUGUCAGGAGGAAUUUGGCCAAAAUUCACCCAACUUAUUGUGGGAAGCUUGUGGAAGGCUACCCGAAACGUUUGACCCAAGUUAAACAAUUUAAAGGCAAUGCUACCUAAUACUAAUUGAGUGUAUGUAAACUUCUGACCCACUGGGAAUGUGAUGAAAGAAAUAAAAGCUGAAAUAAAUCAUUCUCGCUACUAUUAUUCUGACAUUUCACAUUCUUAAAAUAAAGUGGUGAUCCUAACUGACCUAAAACAGGGAAUUUUUACUAGGAUUAAAUGUCAGGUAUUGUGAAGAACUGAGUUUAAAUGUAUUUGACUAAGGUGUAUGUAAACUUCCGACUUCAACUGUAUGUAAAUUAUGCAGGAAUGGCAAUACAGACUUGAAAAUGGAAGUUACAUGUACAGUGCAUUCUGAAAGUAUUCAGACCACUUGACCUUUUCCACAUUUUUGUUACGUUACAGCCUUAUUCUAAAAUAGAUUAAAUUAAUUGUUUUGAUUGGACAUGAUUUGGAAAGGUACACACCUGUCUAUAUAAUAUCCCACAUUUGACAGUGCAUGUCAGAGUGAAAACAAGACAUGAGGUUGAAGGAAUUGUCCGUAGAGCUCAGAGGCAGGAUUGUGUCGAGGCAUAGAUCUGGGGAAGGGUACGAAAAAAUUUCUGCAGCAUUGAAGGUCCCCAAGAACACAGUGGCCUCCAUCAUUCUUAAAUGGAAGAAGUUUGGAACCACCAAGACUAUUUCUAGAGCUGGCCGCCCGUCAAACUGAGAUACAAGAUUCUCUGGUCUGAUAAAACCAAGAUUGAACUCUUUGGCCUGAAUGCCAAGCGUCACAUCUGGAGGAAACCUGUUACCAUCCUAAUAGUGAAGAAUGGUGGUGGCAGCAUCAUGCUGUGGGGAUGUUUUUCAGCGGCAGGGACUGGGAGACUAGUCAGGAUCGAGGGGAAAAAUGAACGGAGCAAAGUACGGAGAGAUCCUUGAUGAAAACCUGCUCCAGAGCGCUCAGGGCCUCAGACUGGGACGAAGGUUCACCUUCCAAAAGGACAAUGACCCUAAGCACGCAACCAAGACAACGCAGGAGUGGCUUCGGGACAUGUCUCUGAAUGUCCUUGAGUGGCCCAGCCAGAGCCCGGACUUGAACCAGAUCGAACAUCUCUGGACAUACCUGAAAAUAGCUGUGCAGCAAUGCUCCCCAUCCAACCUGACAGAGCCUGAGAGAAUCUGCAGAGAAGAAUGGGUGAGACUCCCCAAAUACAGGUGUGCAAAGCUUGUAGCGUCAUACCCAAGAAGACUCGAGGCUGUAAUCGCUGCCAAAGGUGUUUCAACAAAGUACUGAGUAAAGGGUCUGAAUACUUAUGUAAAUGUAAAUAUUUCCGUUUUUUCUUUUCAAUAAUUUGCGAAUAUUAUAAAAACCUGUUUUUGAUUUGUCAUUAUGGGGUAUUGUGUAUAGAUUUGAAGAGGGGGAAAAACAAUCCAUGUUAGAAUAAGGCUGUAAUGUAACAAAAUGUGGAAAACGUCAAGGGGUCUGAAUACUUUCCGAAUGCACUGUAUAUCAAAUUAGUUGAUCGAGUUAGAAUUUGGCUUAGAAUGUCGCUAGUUGUAAAUGGUAUGCUACAGUUUAACAUGGUUAAGUAUAAAUAAAUGAUGUUGUUACAUGAUAGUGUUAGGCACUCAGGAGCUAAAUGCCUAACUAUCAACAUGAUAUAAACAGAGAUGAAUUAAUAAGAAGAGUCACAAUGUCUGUAGUUAUACAGUAUGCAGUGGUUGAUGGUGUGUGUUUGGUUGCUCCAGGUGUUGAAGCAUGAGGUGGAGCUGAUGUCCAAGAUGGCCAAGACCAUCGAUGGCUUCACCCAGAACCAGACCCGCAUGGCGGUCAUCAUUGACGGCCUGGAUGCCUGCGAACAGGACAGAGUGCUGCAGAUGCUCGACACGGUGUGUGUGUGUGUGUGUGUGUGCCUGUGCUGUGUUUUGUAACAAUGACUGAAUAAGACGUUUGUAACAAUGGCUAAACACAAAAAUGUAGGCUAUACAAUACUAUACACAAAACACACAUUACCCAUAACCAUUUAGUGUUAAAUCAUUAUCCAUGACUCAUUGGUCAUUACUAUUGAUGGGGAGGGAAAUCGAUACAGUUACAUAUCAUGAUAUUAUUUUUGAUAAUAUUAUAUCUAUAUUUUGACUCCAAGUAUAGAUGAAAAAUAAAUAAAAAGAAAACACUAUAUAUAAAAAAGUAUGUGGACACACCUUCAAAUUAUGGAUUUGGCUUUUUCAGCCACACCUGUUGCUGACAGGUGCAUAAAAUCAAGCACACAGCCAUGCAAUCUCCAUAGACAAACAUUGGCAGUAGAACGGCCUUACUGAAGAGCUCAGUGACUUUCAACGUGGCAUCGUCAUAGGAUGCAACCUUUCCAACAAGUCAGUUCAUCAAAUUUCUGCCCUGCUAUAGCUGCCCCGGUCAACUGUAAGUGCUGUUAUUGCGAAGUCUAGGGGCAACAAUGGCUCAGCCGGGAAGUGGUAGGCUACACAAGCUCACAGAAUGGGACCGCCGAGUGUUGAAGCGCCUAGCUCGUAAAAAUCAUCUGUCCUCGGUUGCAACACUCACUACCGAGUUCUAAACUGCCUCUGGAAGCAACGUCAGCACAAUUACUGUUCGUCGGGAGAUUUAUGAAGUGGGUUUACAUGGCCGAGCAGCCGCACACAAGAUCACCAUGCUCAAUGCCAAGCAUCGGCUGGAGUGGUGUAAAGCUCGCCGCCAUUGGACUCUGGAGCAGUGGAAAUGCAUUCUCUGGAGUGAUGAAUCAUGCUUCAUCAUCUGGCAGUCCAACGGACGAAUCUGUGUUUGGCGGGUGCCAGGAGAAUGCUACCUACCCGAAUGCAUAGUGCCAACUGUAAAGUUUCAUGGAGGAGGAAUAAUGGUCUGUGGCUGUUUUUCAGGGUUCGGGCUAGGCCCCUUAGCUCCAGUAAAGGGAAAUCUUAACGCUACAGCAUAGAAUUACAUUCUAGACGAUUCUGUGCUUCCAACUUUGUGGCAACAGUUUGGGGAAGGCCCUUUCCUGUUAUAGCUUGACAAUGCCCCCGUGCACAAAGCGAGGUCCAUACAGAAAUAGUUUUUUCGAGAUCGGUGUGGAAGAACUUGACUGGCCUGCACAGAGCCCUGCCCUCAACCCCAUUAAACACCUUUGGGAUGAAUUGGAACGCUGACUGCGAGCCAGACCUAAUUGCCCAACAUCAGUGCCAGACCUCGCUAAUGCUCUUGUGGCUGAAUGGAAGCAAGUCCCCGCAGCAAUGUAACAACAUCUAGUGGAAAGCUUUCCCAGAAGAGUGGAGGCAGCAAAGGGGGGACCAACUCCAUAUUAAUGUCCAUGAUUUUGGAAUAAGAUGUUCGACGAGCAGGUGUCCACAUACAUUUGGCCAUGUAGUGUAUUUAGCCUCACAAUGAAAUGUUAGAACAUUUUCUUUUCACGACAGCUAGGGAUGCAAGUAGAACACAAAACAAUUUGACAAACAGUUGCAUUCAUGAGUUUUAUGGACAAAUGUCAAUAUUAAAAAGUCAGCCAAAGCAGAAAACUUGAUAAAAAUGAAUUUAUAUGAAUGCUGUAAGUACAGAAAUUGUUUGCUCAAUGGGAAAUGAAUAUCCAACUAGUCAGUGACAUCUGUUUUGGAGUUUUGAUUUUGUGUGAGCUUAUUACAGUAUUAUAGACACUAUGUCCUGGGAUUUCCUAUGAUCCCCUAUCUAGAAGAACCCCUUACCUUCUAACGACUCUUUUUUACAUUUACAUUUACGUCAUUUAGCAGACGCUCUUAUCCAGAGCGACUUACAAUUGUGUAGCUGGUGAGCGUCAGAGCACAACAUGUGCGUGUUCGUGAGAGCUGUAGCUUAAUAGUUUGUAGCUUAAACCAUUUGUUCUACAGACGUUUUGGUAAAAAGAUCCGGCCCGGGCCCCUUCUGGAUCUACCCUUGUCUCACAAACACUGCUCUAGUUCAGCCCCCGUUAAUCACACAGACUAUUGGAGAAAUAGACAAAUCCACUGGUACAACCUAGACGUCUGUAGCUCAAACACACAAUGUUUAAAAGCGGUUUGAAGUCCAAAACACACCGGCAUUACAGUGGGACUCAUUGGGUUAAAAUGAAUAGAUUUGGUAGAUAGUUUUUCAUUAUUUUGACCUCCCCACAUUAUAAUUGGAAAAGGAAGUGUAAACUGUAACAUAGCCAAUUAGCUAGAAAGGUAACUCCAAACACAUUUUCACUAAGAGCAGCUGCUUAGCUGGUUAAACAGUGGUGUCGUGACGUGACUUUAACAUUAAUCUCUAACUAACUAUGUUUAAUUGUUACCCAAUUUAAAUUAAUCAUGUAACAAUUAACUCAUUAGUAUCUGGGGCACCAUGAGAGCGGUUCCUUAAAGAGAUACCAUCUCCCGAAUUAAACUCUUUACCUAUCACAUCUAUAAACAGUCAACUUAUUAAUCAUAACCUCGUAUCAUAUCAUUCUGAACAGUCGUAACCUCCUUGCAUCGGCAAAGUCCAGAGCCUUACUUAUGAUUCAGUGCUACACAAAUUGGUUUAAUUCUUUAUUUACUAGCUAAUUAAAUGGGAACACAGGAUAAACAUACACACUCUGCACCGGUUAUUGACUGGAGAGGGACAGAGACUUAACCUUGAUACAUUCAGAAACGACUCUCACCUACAGUAACCACAUACUUGGCACACGAACCGCCACCCGCUUUGAGUAAGAAAUCAUGAAUGUAUUUAAAUGAAAUGUCUUAGUUCACCGGGGAUCUCUCGGUGAACCGGUCCGCCUUGGAAAGGGGUUGGGCCUUUUUGCGGCACGCUUGUAAGGCUCUUAUUGUCCAAAAUGGUUCACAAUGUCCUUCUUCGUAGUUGUCCGGUCUCCAAUGACUUGUCAUGUAGUCCUGAACAGAACUACUUCCUUCCCGUCGCUCUGGAAGUUGCUUCUUUGAAGAUGGGCUAGCCAGCCGUAUCGAUGGUUCCCCAGUGGGGUGAUGAGAGUAGUGUAAUACAGUGGUUUGAGCAGAGUAGCAGAUGGUCCUACUUAAAUUCACUUUCGAAGAUACCUUACUUAGGACCGCUAAUCAGCCGUACCAGUGAUUGUCCGGGAGGUGAGUUUAUUUUCUUCACCUCGUGAUGAGAUUCAAAGUUCCAAUCAUUUUAAACGUGUAGCUGCCGCUUCACGAUUUUCUGGUCUGGUAUGUUAAUUUCCUUUUCCACCAUUUAUACACUCUGCUCGAAAAGGGCGGUUCCGGCAGGCUGGCACGCUUUCUGACCUCACUUUGGGGCGGCGAUUAAUCAUUGCUCAAUGUUAUGUAAAACAAUUAUUUCUUAUAACUUCUCAAGUCACAUCCUUUUCUUAACAAAAACACUUUCAUCAUUUUUCAUAUUACAUGCACAACGCAUAGUAUGGCAACGUCAAAUAUGUAGUGGGUAUACUUUCCAAGUUACAGUAUUUCCUUUAUAACAUUUUUAAUGACAUCACAAAAUAACUAACAAAAUUACCUUAGUGUGCUAUUGUCACGGAUUCUGCCGAGGCUGCCCCUCCUCCUUGCUCGUGCAGGCUUCGUCGUCACCGAAAUACUAGCUGCUGCCGAUCUAUUUUCUAUGUUGCACCUGUUGUCUAUUGUCACACACCUGUUGCCCAUUAUUGUAAUCACGCCUUCCCUAUUUAACCCAGUGGCUCCCAAUGUGUUUUGUGCGUGGUUGUUUUUCGUUUUGUGUGUCUUCGGUGAGCGGGUUAGUUCCUCCCUGUGUGGAGAUAUUCUGUGUUGUAUUCAGUAAAGUACGUUUCUGAGAAUUCUGUGUCCUGCGCCUGACUUCGAUCCACCGCAUUACACUGACACUCAUGACACCUAUAGAUCGCCUCCUACCAUUCCCCACGUUCUACGUUAGAAAUAUUGUUCCGGUAUUCGCUUUUGAACGUGUUAAAGUUUCAGCGGGAAAAAGUCCUUCCCUCCCCCCUCUGUGGGUGAGAGGUGGUCUGAUUGAAGUUAUUCAUUGCAAACCUGAUCAGACCUAUUUGGAUUCUCGUGGACCGUCAUGACAGUGGUUAGCCAUGUGUUGGCCAAAAUGUAAUUUCCAAGUCAAGAAAGCUUACCAGCAGCCUGUGGCACUGUAGCUUUUAAUACACACUAUUACAAGCUACAGUGCAUUUUCCACGUUUUUGUUACAUUACAGCCUUAUUCUAAAAUAGAUUAAAUAAAUUUUUUCCCUCAUCAAUCUGCACACAAUACCCCAUAAUGACAAAGCGAAAACGGUUUUUAGACAUUUUUGCAAAUUUAUAAAAAAUUUAAAACAUAAAUACCUUAUUUUCAUAAGUAUUCAGACCCUUUGCUAUGAGACUCGAAAUUGAGCGCAGGUGCAUCCUCUUUCCAUUGACCAUCCUUGAGGUGUUUCUACAACUUGAUUGGAGUCCACCUGUGGUAAAUUCAAUUUAUUGGACAUGAUUUGGAAAGGCACCCACUGUUUAUAUAAGGUCCCACAGAUGACAGUGCAUGUCAGAGCAAAAACCAAGCCAUGAGGUUGAAGGAAUUGUCUGUAGAGCAUUGAAGGACCCCAAGAACACAGUGGCCUCCAUCAUUCUUAAAUGGAAGACGUUUGGAACCACCAAGACUCUUCCUAGAACUGGCCGCCCGGCCAAAAUGAGCAAUCGGGGGAGAAGGGCCUUGGCCAGGGAGGUGACCAAGAACCCGAUGGUCACUCUGACAGUACUCCAGAGUUCCUCUGUGGCGAUGGGAGAACCUACCAGAAGGACAACCAUCUCUGCAGCACUCCACCAAUCAGGCCUUUAUGGUAGAGUGGCCAGACGGUAGCCACUCCUCAGGAAAAGGCACAUGACAGCCCGCUUGGAGUUUGCCAAAAGGCACCUAAAGGUCAGACCAUGAGAAACAAGAUUCUCUGGCCUGAAUGCCAAGCGUCACUUCUGGAGGAAACCUGGCACCAUCCCUACGGUGAAGUAUGGUUGUGGCAGCAUCAUGCUGUGGGGACAUUUAUCAGCGGGCAGGGACUUGGAGAUUAGUCAGGAUCGAGGAAAAGAUGAACGGAGCAAAGUACAGAGCGAUCCUUGAUGAAAACCUACUCCAGAGCCCUCAGGACCACAGAAUGGGGCAAAGGUUCACCUUCCAACAGGACAACGACCCUAAGCACACAGCCAAGACAAUGCAGGAGUGGCUUUCGGGACACGUCUCUGAAUGUCCUUGAGUGGCCCAGCUAGAGCCCGGACUUGAACCUGAUCAAACAUCACUGGAAAGACCUGAAAAUAGCUGUGCAGCGACGCUCCCCAUCCAACCUGACAGAGCUUGAGAGGAUCUGCAGAGAAGAAUGGGAAAAACUCCCCAAAUACAGGUGUGCCAAGCUUGUAGCGUCAUACCCAAUAAGUCUCAAGAUUGUAAUCGCUGCCAAAGGUGCUUCAACAAAGUACUGAGUAAAGGGUCUGAAUACUUAUGUAAAUGUGAUAUUUCAGAUUAUUUUUUUACAUUUGCAAAUAUUUAUAGAAACCUGCUUUUGCUGUGUCAUUAUGGGGUGUUGUGUGUAGAUUGAUGAGGGGGGGAAAAAAACAAUUUAAUCCAUUUUAGAAUAAAGCUUUAAUGUAACAAAAUGUGAUGUCUGAAUACUUUCCGAAUGCGGGUGCUUUUUCAAGGCCUAUGUCAGAGGGCCGCAGACCCCCGGUUGAAUACCACUGAUUUAGCAAGACAACUAGUACGGAGGCCCACCAUUGGAAUUGCUGUUGCAUGCCCCCUUUAGAAAUGGAAUGUGAUCAACAGAAAUGUGACCCACAAACUCAACCUAACAAGAUACUACAAAUUAUAGCCACAGUUUGCAGAUAUUAACAAGUUGAUGUCAAGUUUUUUGUUCACCAGUUGUGUGUAUGACUACACUAUGAACCUGACACACAAGGUUCACCCUCAAAUGAUUUCAGGCUUUUAUCAUUCCAAUAAGUUCACGACAGAUGAGCAGUAGUGAAUGAACCCAGGUCUAAAUCCUCCUCCUAUUCCCCUCCUCCACCAGGUGAGGGUGCUGUUCUCCAAAGGCCCCUUCAUCUCCAUCUUUGCCAGCGACCCCCACAUCAUCAUCAAGGCCAUCAACCAGAACCUGAACAGCGUGCUCAGGGACUCGAACAUCAACGGCCACGACUACAUGAGGAACAUCGUCCACCUGCCUGUUUUCCUCAACAGCCGUGGGCUAAGCACAACCAGGAAGCUGUGCACCCACAACGGAGACCUGGCCAACCCUGAGGGUACGCAAGACAUAUGGAUGUAUGCAUGGCAUGUGUCAGGCCUGCAGGAACGCACACACACAAACAUGCAAACGCACACCCACAUAGGCCAGUGUAGGCCAGUGACACUGACAUCACGUUGGGUCCCGUGUACCAGGAUUAGGAAACACUGACAUAGGCAUAGAGUAGACACAAGCUCACACGCACACACACACACACUCAUUCUGACUUGCAGUAGGAAAUAAUAAUCAUUUUAACGUGAAUAGGUUGGUUCUUUAUAUUAGGUGUUGUGAUGAGACAUCCCUGAUGGUACUGUCUCUUUCUCUCUCUCCUUUUCCACUCCUCUUCACAGGAUGGCAUGAGGAGAUGGACAGGAAGCUGUCCUCAAACAGUCUGGGGGAUCAGACCAAGUUUGGCAGCAAGACGGCCCUCAACCGCAGGGUAAGCUCUUUCAGCCAGCCGACCCUCUCCCCCCCCCAUCGCUAUCUAUGCCCAGGCUGAGCCAUAGAUCUACCUGCAGAGGUCCUGUAGACCGACAGAGUUCUGGCACAAAGACAAGUGAUACAACAAGGAACAUAAGGAGAUUGGGCGUCUGUGCGGGCAAUGAAAGCUCAGUAAAACACAUCAAAAUGUUGCAUCUGAAGUGGUGCUUAUGCUUCUUUUCCCAUAGACACAGCUAGAGAAGACUAACAUAGAAAGUGUGAGAUAAUGCACUUAAACCCACAUGCACGGGGGUGUAGCUAGCUUCCUCCAGCCUUGCGGUGAACAUAGCAGAGAGGGGUGGAGGAGGUCGGGAGCAAAAGAGCCAGUGUCUGUGUCUCCAUCGCAGAGGAGUCUGUCUGGUAAUUGAUGUAAUGUCUGUUUAUCCUUCCUGCUGCGAUGCCACACUGCCUAAUGACAGGGAGGAGCAGCAGUGGGUCCCGGUGACAAAACGCUGGCAUCGGUGGCUGCCGGCGGGAGGCUAAGUGGCCCUGCCUGCUUCCCCCUGCGAGGACCCCGUUUUGUUUGUUUAUCUGUUUGUUUGUUUGGGCGUCUGAUUUAUUUGCCUGUUUUUUUGUCUUUAUUUUCCUUGGGUCCCUUUUUUAUUUCGGCGCACACUUCUUUUUGUUUGCCCUCUCCGGCAGUUUCUUGGCUGCCAAGAAGGCAGUGAGUGGCUCUCUUUACAAGCGGAGCUAAAAAGGAUGGAAUGAUGGAGGGAGAGAAAAAGCUCUCUGUCUCUCGGCUGCUUAAUUGCAGAGUUGUGGAUCUUUAGCCGAGUCUAUCUUUACAAGAUGGCAGGGGAGGGGAAUUGAGGGAGGCAGGCCAGGCGAGCUCAGGCUUGUAAACAGUAUGGGCGGUGGGCUCUGGCCUGAUGUGAACUCAAAGUACGUUUGCUCGUUUGGAGGAAAGAUUCCAACUUACAGCAGUUUUUCAAUAUUCAAAGUUCAACAAUUUCUCCUGAUGGUCUGGUUAUACAGAAAAACCAAUCAAAAAAAUAACUAUCAACUUUCACCAUUUCACUUUUUGAGCAUGUCCAGUGCAUCUAAGUAAGGAUCAAAGGAUCAAAGGAGAGCCAAUCACCUUCCUCCUUACUAAACCACUACUGACUUAUUACUGGCCAUACUCUCUCUCUCUACUAGUGAGGUCGUCACAAGGCAGGCAUUAAGUCGACAUCAAAGUCCGCUUAGUGCCUAGUGGUGGUGUUCUGAGUACUUGUGACCAGAGGAACUUUCUCAUAUUGUAACCACUGCUGCACUGUUCAGCAAGCAGCACCUAUUGUGGUCCUGCAGACCGCAUUCCACUCAUUUUGGACUCAGACAAUCCAGAAAAGAGGUGAUAUGUAGUCUCAAUACAUAGUUUAGUCUUUGCUUGAAACACACACACAACCCUGUAUGGACCCCAGGAAGCGUAGCUGUUGCUAUUGUAUCAGCUAGUGGGAAUCCAAAUAUCAAACAUACUUUGGCCUAACUGUGUAAGGACAGUGACUGUGGACAGAGAUGCCUCUGUCUUGGAAACACAGUGUAUUUCUGCUCAACUGAGAUCUCCAGUCUGUUAAUUGGGCCCAGUAACAGAGCUGCUUGUGGGUAGGGGAUGGGUGUUGGAAAACAAGGAUGGAAGGAGGAAGGGACAGGAUGCCAGGACUAGAGGUCACACACACAAGGAGCCGCUUGUCACAAGGUGCACAGCACGCCACGGGGUGAUGUCAUCAUGAGACUGCCACAAAACUGUCACGGGGUCAUGUGAAAUGUAGAACACAGGACAGGUCAAACGAGGCCAGUUCUUGCUGUAAAGAAAUAUUACUAAAAUGUUGAUAUGAAAAGCAAACACAUAAUAUACACUCUGUGGAAAGUUUAUUAGGUACACAAAAAUUGUUCGCUCCUACAGACAGUGAGUCAUGUGGCCGUUGCUUGCUAUAUAAAGCAGGCAGACAGGUGUUGAGACAUUCAGUUACUGUUCGAUUGAACGUUAGAAUGGGCAAAACGAGUGACUGGCUGAGUGACUGGUUUGUGAAAAGACCAAGGGCACAUCCAAGUAUAAAGAUGAGGUAACAUGAGGUCUGCGUGUGUGCGUGUGUGCGUGUGUGCGUGUGUGCGUGUGUGCGUGUGUGCGUGUGUGUGUGUGUGUGUGUGUGUGUGUGUGUGUGUGUGUGUGUGUGUGUGUGUGUGUGUGUGUAGGACACGUACCGCAGGAGGCAGAUUCAGAGGACUGUUACCAGACAGAUGUCCUUUGACCUGACCAAGCUGUUGGUCACUGAGGACUGGUUCAGUGAUAUCAGCCCCCAGACCAUGAGGAGGCUGCUCAACAUCGUCUCUGUCACAGGUAACACAUCACCUAUUAGAUGACCUAUAUGACCUUUAUACCACCCAAGGGGAGAGUUGACUGCUCCCAGCAUGGCACUUAUUAUCGGAAGGGGAGUAGUAGGCGCUUCAACCAACAUACCAACGUCACUUCUCAUUGGUCCAUAUUUCCAGGACGUCUGCUGAGGGCCAAUCAGAUCAUCUUUAACUGGGACCGUCUGGCAUCGUGGAUCAACCUGACGGAGGAGUGGCCCUACAGGACCUCCUGGCUCAUCCUCUUCCUGGAGGAGACCGACGGCAUCUCAGACCAGAUCACCCUGAAGACCAUCUACGAGAGGUACAUACACCCACAUCUGUACUCAAACAAGCACGCAUGCAUAGGCAGACACACACAAGCAGACGGGCACACAGGCAGACACUCACGUUUUAGACUAUUUCCGAAAGGUUCCUUUUUGCUCCACACACACGCCUCAAGAUUGAAGAUGAUUACUGUAAUGUGAUGUAAAAAUCAUGUUGACCAGUAGGUGGCAGCAGAUGAUCUUCCAUUUCCACUUCGAACAUAUCAUUUAGGAGUAAGUCAUGUAUAGGCUUCUGUGAGCCUACAGCCUAAAUAGACUGUGAUCGUUGGAUUCAGAUCAUGCAGGGAAAUGCAUGGAUGUAAGAAGUAGCAUAUCAUUAUUAAUCUGUUGAUUGAAAUGAUAACGUGUUAGAAGCACAGCCAAUGAUGGUUUAACUAGGCAUGAGAGUGUGGACAAGGGGGGAGGGAAUCAGCACAUAGCCUGAGUCAUUAGGAUUGGAGCUGUUCUGCACCAAUAGUUGGCCUUUAAAGGUUGCACUCUGCCACUCUUUCACAAUACACUAGCGCCCGGGAGUCCCGGGGCGCUGAAGUGUCACCGGCACUCAGUGUCACAUAGUCAUCGUCACCAUCCCCAUCCUUCACUGAGAUUCUGGACGAAUAAAUGGAUUUGGACAAAUAUAUGUGAGGCAGCACAUCUAAGGGACCUCAUGAACCUAUAAUAUACUUGUGCAUUAGAAGGACUCCUUAGCACAGAGCUUUACCUGGGUAUUGGGUAGGUAUCACCUGAAAUGGCCACGUUAGGCUAUUCCCCCCCCCCCAUCACUGCAUUUUCACCUUUGUCUAUCUCCAAAACGUGACUGGCGCUGCGUAUGAAAUGGCCACUAGCAAUGGCGGUUUGGGAUGAAAGGAAGCCCCAAACGGACAUGGAUGCCAGGCUGAGCCGAGCGGCUCUUAUCUGGAGAAAGAUCUCCUUAUUGAUGAGGCUGGAGCGCCUCUUUCUCUCUCUCCUUUUCUUUCUCUCUUGCUAAUCUUUUUCUUGUUCACGUGGGCUGGGCAACCAUUCUCUUUUUAUAGCCAGGUGAGUCACACCGCCUGUCUUUCUCGAAGGUCACUUGCCUCACUUCAACCUCAGGCCGCUGUCUGCCUGACAAAUGCGCACUUGAGGAACAGAUAGCUGCUUCUUCUUUUAAUGGUCACCUUGUGGCCAGGUCAACACGGCGUAGAUCCCCUCUCUCAACCGAAACUCAACCAGCGCCCCUUUGCGAUCUCCUCUUCUGCUCAACCGCCAAUUACUGUAUAAUGGUUGUGUCAGACCACAGCGAUUUAGAUACUGUAGGUUAUUCGAUUAGGCCGUAGACAACUAUCUUUACCCCUCGUGAAGCGUUUGUCAGUUUUCUCUGACAGUGUUGUCGGUAAUCCACAUGACUGGGAUGUUGUUGGGGGAGGUGCUCAGUUCAAAAUGAUCAAAAUCAAAUCAUAUUUGAUUUGUCACGUGCUGAAUACAACAGGUGUAGACUUUACCAUUAAAUGCUUACUUAGGAGCCAUUUCCCAACAAUGCAGAGUUAAAAAGUAAGACACAUUUGCAAAAUAAAAAAAUGAAAUGGUAACACAAUAAAAUAACAAUAACAUUUUACAUUUUAGUCAUUUAGCAGACGCUCUUAUCCAUUUACAUUACAUUUUAGUCAUUUAGCAGACGCUCUUAUCCAGAGCGACUUACAGGAGCAAUUAGGGUUAAGUGCCUUGCUUAAGGGCACAUCGACAGAUUUUUCACCUAGUCGGCUCGGGGAUUAGAACCAGCGACCUUUCGGUUACUGGCACAACGCUCUUACCCACUAAGCUACCUGCCGCCCGAGCGACUUACAGUUAGUGAGUGCAUACAUAUUUUUUUAUUUUUUAUUUUUCAUACUGGCCCCCCGUGGGAAUCGAACCCACAACCCUGGCGUUGCAAACGCCAUGCUCUACCAACUGAGCUACAUCCCUAUAACGAGGCUAGGAGUACUAGUACCGAGUCAAUGUGCAUGGGUACGAGGUAGUUGAGGUAAUAUGUACAUGUAGGUAGGGGUAAAAGUGACUAGGCAAUCAGAAUACAUAGUAAACAGCAGCGUGUGUGAAAGUGUGUCUACAUGUGAUAGGGGAUGUGUGUGUGUGUGUUGCGUCAAUAUGCGUGUGUGUGUGUGUUGCGUCAAUAUGCAUGUGUGUUUUGUGUUUGUGUGUGUGUGAGCGUGUGUGUUGGAGUGUCAGUGUAGUAUGUGUGAGUCUGUGGGUAGAAUCCAGUGAGUGUGCAUAGAGUCAGUGCAAGAGAGUAAAAAAUAAGGGGGUCAAUGCAGAUAGUCCAGGUUGCCAUUUGAUUAACUGUUCAGCAGUCUUAUGGCUUGGGGAUAGGAGCUGUUCAGGAGCCUUUUGGUCCCAGACUUGGUGCUCCGGUACCGCUUGUCGUGUGGUAGCGGAGAGACCAGUCUAUGACUUGGGUGGCUGGAGUCUUUGCCAAUUUUUAGGGCCUUCCUCUGACACCGCCUGGUAUAGAGCUGAAACUAGUGUAGCUGCAACUGAAUGGCUACUUGCUAUUAGUCACCGUUAGCGUCUUCACCAUUGUCCGUGGCCUACACUAUCCACCAGCCAGCUCUAGCUCUAGCCUGGACAAUUCGUCGGCCAGUCUGCACAGCGUGCUAUCGACCCAGAGCAUAUCGGACUUUCUGCCGGAAUCACUGGACCCUAGCGCCGGAUCAUCGUAACCAGCUAGCUAGCUGCAACCUGUUGUUGGCUAAUUACCAUUGCCCUAUAGCAAGCACCAGUUAGCCUUGAGCUAGCCUCAGGCCCAUCUCCCGGCUAUCUACCUCUCUGUCAACCGGACGGGACCUCCUAGUGUUGACACUGAGCCCCGCCGAUCCAACACGACUGGUUUGCCGACGAAAUCGUCUGAUGUGGUUUCAACAGGCUUCCCGUUGCGACGACCACGAAGAUCCAUCUGCUAGCCCCGGCCCGCUAGCACACGCAAACUACAACUGUGCUCCCUGCUAGCUGUGCUGAAGCACCAAUUUGAACUGCUCUCGGACUCACAUAUUGCUGUUCACUGGACCUUAUGAUCACUCAGCUGCACAGCUGAUGCCUGCUGGACUGUUCCUUUACACGGUACCCUGUCCUGUUUAUUCUGUUUAGCCUCAGCCCAAACUUUAUCGCUAUUACCAGUUGUUGUCUUAGCUCUCUCUAAUAACACCUGUGAUUGCUUUAUGCCUCUCUCCCUUGUCAAAUAUACCUUGCCUAUUGCUGUUUGGGUUAGUUCUUAUUAUACAAUUUCACUGUAGAACCCCUAGUCCCUCUCAAACUGCCUCAAAUAGUUCCUUUGUUCCACCCCCCAUACACGCCAAGACCGGCUCAAUCGGUGCCUCCAGUGAUGCUAUCUCUUUCAUUGUUACCCAACGCUUAGGUUUACCUCAACUGUACUCAUAUCCUUCCAUAUCCUUUUCUGUACAUAAUGCCCUGAAUCUUUUCUACAACGCCCAGAGAACUGCCCCCUUUAUUCUAUGUACCCAACGCACUAGAAGACCAGUUCUUAAAGCCUUUAGUCAUAUCCUUAUUCUAGUCCUCCUCUGUUCCUCUGGUGAUGUAGAGGCUAACCCAGGCCCUGCAGCCCCCAGUAUCACUCCUACUCCCCAGGAGCUAUCAUUUGUUGACUUCUGUAACCGUAAAAGCCUUGGUUUUCUGCACGUAAAUAUCAGAAGCCUUCUUCCUAAUUUGAGUUAUUCACUGCGUUAGCACACUCCGCCAACCCUGAUGUUCUAGCAGUGUCUGAAUCCUGGCUUAGGAAGGCCACCAAAAAUUCUGAAAUUUCCAUCCCCAACUAUAACAUUUUCCGUCUAGAUAGAACUGCCAAAGGGGGUGGAGUUGCAAUCUACUGUAGAGAUAGCCUGCAGAGCUCUAUCAUACUAUCCAGGUCUGUGCCCAAACAGUUUGAGCUUCUACUUCUAAAAAUCCACCUUUCCAGAAAUAAAUCUCUCACUGUUGCCGCUUGCUACAGACCCCCCUCAGCCCCCAGCUGUGCCCUGGACACCAUAUGUGAAUUGAUUGCCCCCCAUCUAUCCUCAGAGUUCGUACUGCUUGGUGACCUAAAUUGGGAUAUGCUUAACACCCCGGCCAUCCUACAAUCUAAACUAGAUGCCCUCAAUCUCACACAAAUUAUCAACGAACCUACCAGGUACAACCCUAAAUCCGUAAACAUGGGUACCCUCAUAGAUAUCAUCCGGACUAACUUACCCUCUAAAUACACCUCCGCUGUCUUCAACCAGGAUCUCAGCGAUCACUGCCUUAUUGCCUGCGUCCGUAACGGGUCCGCGGUCAAACGACCACCCCUCAUCACUGUCAAACGCUCCCAAAAACACUUCAGCGAGCAGGCCUUCCUAAUUGACCUGGCCCAGGUAUCCUGGAUGGAUAUAGAUCUCAUUCCGUCAGUAGAGGAUGCCUGGUUGUUCUUUAAAAGUAAUUUCCUCUCAAUCUUAAAUAAACAUGCCCCAUUCAAAAAAUACAGAACUAAGAACAGAUAUAGCCCCUGGUUCUCCUCAGACUUAACUGCCCUUGACCAGCACAAAAACAUCCUGUGGCGUACUGCAUUAGCAUCAAAUAGCCCCCGCGAUAUGCAACUUUUCAGGGAAGUUAGGAACCAAUAUACACAAGCAGUUAGGAAAGCAAAGGCUAACUUUUUCAAACAGAAAUUUGCAUCCUGCUAACUCCAAAACGUUUUGGGACACUGUAAAGUCCAUGGAAAAUAAGAGCACUUCCUCCCAGCUGCCCACUGCACUGAGGCUAGGAAACACUAUCACCACCGAUAAAUCUACAAUAAUCGAGAAUUUCAACAAGCAUUUUGCUACGGCUGGCCAUGCUUUCCACCUGGCUACCACUACCCCGGCCACCAGCUCUGCACCCUCCGCUGCAACUUGCCCAUGCCCCCCCCGCUUCUCCUUCACACAAAUCCAGACAGCUGAUGUUCUGAAAGAGCUGCAAAAUCUGGACCCCUAAAAAUCAUCUAGGCUAAACAAUCUGGACCCUUUCUUUCUAAAACUAGCCGCCGAAAUUGUCGCAACCCCUAUUACUAGCCUGUUCAACCUCUCUUUCGUAACGUCUGAGAUCCCCAGAGAUUGGAAAGCUGCCGCGGUCAUCCCACUCUUCAAAGGGGGUGACACUCUAGAUCCAAACUGUUACAGACCCAUAUCCAUCCUGCCCUUCAAGUUUUUGAAAGCCAAGUUAACAAACAGAUCACCGACCAUUUCGAAUCCCACCGUACCUUCUCCGCUAUGCAAUCCGGUUUCCGAGCUGGUCAUGGGUGCACUUCAGCCACGCUCAAGGUCCUAAACGAUAUUAUAACCGCAAUCGAUAAUAGACAGUACUGUGCAGCCGUUUUCAUUGACCUGGCCAAGGUUUUCGACUCUAUCAACCACCGCAUUCUUAUUGGCAGACUAAAUAGCCUUGGUUUCUCAAAUGACUGCCUCGCCUGGUUCACCAACUACUUCUCUGAUAGAGUCAAAUCGGAGGGCCUGUUGUCUGGACCUAUGGCAGUCUCUAUGGGGGUGCCACAGGGUUCAAUUCUUGGGCUGACUCUUUUCUCUGUGUAUAUCAAUGACGUCGCUCUUGCUGCUGGUGACUCUCAGAUCCACCUCUACGCAGACGACACCAUUUGUAUACAUCUGGCCCUUCAUUGGACACUGUGUUAACAAACCUCCAAACGAGCUUCAAUGCCAUACAACACUCCUUCAGUAGCCUCCAACUGCUCUUAAACACUAGUAAAACUAAAUGCAUGCUCUUCAACCGAACGCUGCUUGCACCCGCCCACCCGACUAGAAUCACUACUCUCGACGGGUCUGACCUAGAGUAUGUGGACAACUACAAAUACCUAGGUGUCUGGUUAGACUGUAAACUCUCCUUCCAGACUCACAUUAAGAAUCUCCAAUCCAAAGUUAAAUCUAGAAUCGGUUUCCUAUUUCGCAACAAAGCCUCCUUCACUCAUGCUGCCAAACAUGCCCUCGUAAAACUGACUAUCCUACCGAUCCUUGACUUCGGCGAUGUCAUUUACAAAAUAUCCUCCAACACUCUACUCAGCAAAUUGGAUGUAGUCUAUCACAGUGCCAUCCGUUUUGUCUCCAAAGCCCCAUAUACUACCCACCACUGUGACCUGUACGCUCUUGUUGGCUGGUCCUCACUACAUAUUCGUCGCCAAACCCACUGGCUCCAGGCCAUCUAUAAAUCACUGCUAGGCAAAUCCCCGCCUUAUCUUAGCUCAUUGGUCACCAUAGCAACACCCACCCGUAGUAUGCGCUCCAGCAGGUAUAUCUCACUGGUCAUCCCCAAAGCCAACACCUCCUUUGGCCGCCAUUCCUUCCAGUUCUCUGCUGCUAAUGACUGGAACAAAUUGCAAAAAUCUCUGAAGCUGGAGACACUUAUCUCCCUCACUAACUUUAAGCAUCAGUUGUCAGAGCACCUUACCGAUCACUGCACCUGUACACAGCCCAUCUGAAAUUAGCCCGCCCAACUACCUCAUCCCUAUAUUGUUAUUUAUUUUGCUCAUUUGUACCCCAGUAUCUCUAUUUGCACAUCAUCUCUUGCACAUCUAUCAUUCCAGUGUUAAUACUAAUUGUAAUUAUUUUGCACUAUAGCCUAUUUAUUGCCUUACCUCCAUAAGUUGCUACAUUUGCACACACUGUAUAUAUAUUUAUUUCUGUUGUAUUUUUGACUUUGUUUUGUUUUACCCCAUAUGUAACUCUGUGUUGUUUUUAUCGCACUGCUUUGCUUUAUCUUGGCCAGGUCGCAGUUGUAAAUGAGAACUUGUUCUCAACUGGCUUACCUGGUUAAAUAAAGGUGAAAUAAAAAAUAAAUAAAUAAAUAAAAAGAGGUACUGGGCCAUACACACUACCCUCUGUAGCGCCUUAUGGUCGGAUGCCAAGCAGUUGCCAUACCAAGUGGUGAUGCAGAUUCUCUCAAUGGUGCAACUGUAGAGCUUUUUGAGGAUCUGAGGGCCCAUGCCAAAUCUUUUCAGCCUCCUGAGGGGGAAGAGGCCUUGUCGUGCCCUCUUCACGACUCUGUUUGUGUGUUUUGACCAUGAUCGGUCCUUAGCAAUGUGGACACCGAGGAACUUGAAGCUCUCGACCCGCUCCACUAUAGCUCCGUUGAUGUAAAUGGGGGGUGUGCUCGGCCCUUCAUUUCCUGUAGUCCACAAUCAGCUCCUUUUGUCUUGCUGACAUUGUUAGUUGUCUCUACACUAGAGUGCUUCAUAUCUCACAAGUGUCUAAUAAGUGAAUAGAUUACUGCUGAUGUGUAUUUGGGGGUGAGUCAACUCCUCGUAGGUCAACUGUCAUAAGGCAGAGUGUUCUCACUCGGUAAGGUUUAUUGCAGCCCAUAUAGGCCACAGAGAGCAGCAUGCACUUGGAAGACAGUGAAUUUGUGAUAUUAGUAGUAUUUUAUAGUCUUAUUAUUAUAUUCGCUAUAUAGCCUAGUCAUAUUAGUAAUGUUCUGUGAAACUGUCACACUGUCCUUCCAACUAAAAAUAAACUAUAAAUGUAGCAUGUGUCUCUGACCUCUCAAAAGAAAGAACAAAGAAAAAAACGGAUUUCUUGAUAUCACACAAACAGGCUGUCAAAAUGGCCAAAAGCUGUUUUUAGCAACUUUCAUCCCAGAAGCUUGCGUGAUGCCGUUGGCGGAGCACAGCGAGAGGUGCACCAGAUUAUUCCCAUUGUCAAAGUGGGCCAAGCCGUCUAAUCUGCUGCAGAAUGUGCAUAAUCUGUCUAAUAACAUCAGCAAUUUAUCAUUAACUGUAAGGCCAGCGCUGCCAAGCAAUCCUUUAAUGUAGAGAAGGGGGAACAAAGAUGGCAAUGUCCUGCGGGGGACAUUGGCCCCAAACCACAGCCACACAUGACAGGGUCAACGUGUUUGUCUCACUUGUUCUGCAGGGCACACAAAACAAAUUACACCUUGGGUGGCGAGCCAGUGUGCAGGGCCUGCCUAACGCACUUACGGAAAUUGAAACGCAAACAAAAUUAAAAGUGUUUUGGAGAGCGCCGGUAUUUAUAGCUGUCGGAUUUACUGCUCGAAUGGAGAUGGUGGAUCAUUGUUCUUUUGAUCACUCGCAAAUUGAAUGAGAGUCUUGAGAGUCUGUGAGUUGUGGUGCAAUGUUCUAUGCAGCCUUCUCAUUUCAGUUUUUAAAGGAGAUGCGAAUCGGGCUCCCUCUGGUCGUUAUAAGGAUGAAUAACAGCUGCUGGCUUCUGUGGUUGUUGUUUCAGAUCAGGAAUAAAUAUCUUCAGAUCAGUACCCCAGAGUGGUAUGUUAUGUUCAGCAUCGCACCAAAAAAAACAAGCUUCCGGAAAGCAGCAAAUGGAAACUAUUUUGGUGAUCACAAAAUAACACAAGUAGAGAUUUCCGGCUGUCGGUAGUUGUGAUCUGUGGGGAAGUUUGAGCCGAGUCAGAUCCUCGGGGAGUCUAUUUCGGGAGCUCCAACCGGAUUUUCAGCGUUAAAAGUGUUGGUUGGUCGGUCUUUCGAGCCAGAGCCUUGGUCCUGGAUCUGCUCUGACAUCUGGUGCCCGGUCUGUGCCAGGAUGCCCCUGUAGUACCCCCCUACCCCCACACACACACACCUCUCACACACCUCCAAGCUCUCACAGAGGAGAGGAGCGGUGCAGCGCGGGAACAUAUGUCACCCCCCCGCUCCUCUGAGGAUCACUAUAAUUAAUCAGACCCCGAGACGCGAGCGAGGCACGUUCAUUCACACAAACACACACACACACAGCCCCUCACAGGAAACAGAAGGCCAGGAAUCCGUGUCAAGCACCAAAAAACACUUUUCUUAACUACUCUAUAUAGCCUUCGCCCAUAUGUCUUUCCCUGGCUCGUUCUGUUUCACGACACCACACUAUUCAAUCAAAAGCUGUAUUCAGUUUCUGGAUUAAGGCAAAACAACAGUUCUCUUGCACUGAGAGCAUGUUUCAAUCCAUAUCUGGUUGGAUUUGUUAUUAUACUGAACAAAAAUAUAAACCCAACAUGCAUCAAUUUCAAAGAUUUUACUGAGUUACAGUUCAUAGAAGGAAAUCAGUCAAUUGAAAUAAUUAAUUAAAACCUAAUCUAUGGAUUUCACAGGGGCACAGCCAUGGGUGGGCCUGGGAGGGCAUAGGUCCACCCACCUGGAAGCCAGUCCCACCCACUGGGGAGCCAGGCCCAGUCAAUAAUACAUAUUUUUUCCCCACAAAAGGGCUAACUCCUCAGCACCCCCCGUAGGUGAAAAAGUCGGAUGUGGAGGUCCUGGGCUGUCCUGGUUACACGUGGUCUGCGGUUGUGAGACCGGUUGGACCAAAUUCUCUAAAACGACGUUUGAGGCGGCUUAUGGUAGAGAAAGGAACAUUCAAUUAUCUGGCAACAGCACUGUUGGACAUUACUGCAGUCAGCAUGACUAUUGCACACUCCCUCAACUUGAGACACAGGUGGAUGGAUUAUAUUGGCAAAGGAGAAAUGCUCACUAACAGGGAUGUAAACAAAUUUGUGCACAAAAUUUGAGGGAAAUAAGCUUUUUGCACUUAUGGGAUCUUUUAUUUCAGCUCAUAAAACAUGGGACCAACACUUUACAUGUUGCGUUUAUAUGUUUAUUCAGUAUAUUUCACAUAGAAAAAUUGGUUUUACUUUAGAUUACAACAUCCCAGUACAUGAACAAUGUUUCUUAAACUUCCAUAUAGGGGUUAUUGCUUGGUCAAAUGAAAUAAAAUCACAUUUUAUUUUCUACAUGCGCCGAAUACAACAGGUGUAGACAUUACCGUGAAAUGCUUACUUACAGCCCAUAACCAACAAUGCAUUUAUUUUUUAAUAAAAAAGUAAAGUAAAAUAAAACAACAAAAACAAAAGUGUUGAGAAAAAAAGAGCAGAAGUAAAAUAAAAUAAAAAUAACAGUAGGGAGGCUAUAUACAGGGGGGUACCGGUGCAGAGUCAAUGUGCGGGGGCACCGGCUAGUUGAGGUAAUAUGUACAUGUGGGUAGAGUUAAAGUGACUAUGCAUAAAUAAUUAACAGAGUAGCAGCAGCGUAAAAAGAUGGGGUGGGGGGGCAGUGCAAAUAGUCCGGGUAGCCAUGAUUAGCUGUUCAGGAGUCUUAUGGCUUGGGGGUAGAAGCUGUUGAGAAGCCUUUUGGACCUAGACUUGGCGUUCCGGUACCGCUUGCCGUGCGGUAGCAGAGAGAACAGUCUAUGACUAGGGUGGCUGGAGUCUUUGACAAUUUUGAGGGCCUUCCUCUGACACCGCCUAGUAUAGAGGUCCUGGAUGGCAGGAAGCUUGGCCCCAGUGAUGUACUGGGCCGUACGCACUACCCUCUGUAGUGCCUUGCGGUCGGAAGGCCGAGCAGUUGCCAAACCAGGCGGUGAUGCAACCAGUCAGGAUGCUCUCGAUGGUGCAGCUGUAUAACUUUUUGAGGAUCUGAGGACCCAUGCCAAAUCUUUUUAGUCUCCUGAGGGGGAAUAGGCUUUGUCUUGCCCUUUUCACGACUGUCUUGGUGCGUUUGGACCAUGAUAGUUUGUUGGUGAUGUGGACGCCAAGGAACUUGACGCUCUCAACCUGUUCCACUACAGCCCCGUCAAUGAGAAUGGGGGCGUGCUCAGUCCUCUUUUUUUCCUGUAGUCCACAAUCAUCUCCUUUGUCUUGAUCAUGUUGAGGGAGAGGUUGUUAUCUUGGCACCACACGGCCAGGUCUCUGACCUCCUCCCAUAGGCUGUCUCAUCGUUGUCGGUGUUCAGGCACACCACUGUUGUGUCGUCGGCAAACUUAAUGAUGGUGUUGGAGUUGUGCCUGGCCAUGCAGUCAUGGGUGAACAGGGAGUACAGGAGGGGACUGAGCACGCACCCCUGAGGGGCCCCCGUGUUGAGGAUCAGCGUGGCAGAUGUGUUGUUACCUACCCUUACCACCUGGGGGCGGACCGUCAGGAAGUACAGGAUCCAGUUGCAGAGGGAGGUGUUUAGUCAAAGGAUCCUUAGCUUAGUGAUGAGCUUUGAGGGCACUAUGGUGUUGAACACUGAGCUGUAGUCAAUGAAUAGUAUUCUCACGUAGGUGUUCCUCUUGUCCAAGUGGUAAAGGGCAGUGUGGAGUGCAAUAGAGAUUGCAUCAUCUGUGGAUCUGUUGGUGCGGUAUACAAAUUGGAAAGGGUCUAGGGUUUCUGGGAUAAUGGUGUUGAUGUGAGCCAUGACCAGCCUUUCAAAGCACUUCAUGGCUACAGACAUCAGUGCUACGGGUUGAUAGUCAUUUAGGCAGGUUAUCUUAGUGUUCUUGGGCAUGGGGACUAUGGUGGCGCAGUGGUCUAAGACACUGCAUCGCAGUGCUAGCUGUGCCACUAGAGAUCCUGGUUCGAAUCCAGGCUCUGUCAUAGCCGGCCGUGACCGGGAGACCCAUGGGGCGGCGCACAAUUGGCCCAGCGUCGUCCAGUGUAGGGGAGGGAAUGGCCGGCAGGGAUGUAGCUCAGUUGGUAGAGCAUGGCGUUUGCAACUUCAGGGUUGUGGGUUCGAUUCCCACGGGGGGGCCAGUAUGAAAAAUAAAAAAAUAAUGUAUGCACUCACUAACUGUAAGUCGCUCUGGAUAAGAGCGUCUGCUAAAUGACUAAAAUGUAAAUGUGGUCUGCUUGAAACAUGUUUGUAUUACAGACUCAGUCAAGUGAAGACACUUGCCAGUUGGUCAGCACAUGCUCGGAGUACACGUCCUGGUAAUCCGUCUGGCCCUGCGGCCUUGUGAAUGUUGACCUGCUUAAAAGUCUUACUCACAUCGGCUACGGAGAGCGUGAUCACAUAGUCAUCCGGAACAGCUUGCCUCGAAGCAAGCAUAGAAGUGGUUUAGCUCGUCUGGUAGGCUUGUGUCACUGGGCAGCUCGCGUCUGGGUUUCCCUUUGUAGUCCGUAAUAGUUUUCGAGCCCUGCCACAUCCGACGAGCGUCAGAGCCGGUGUAGUACGAUUCAAUCUUAGUCCUGUAUUGGCUCUUUGCCUGUUUGAUGGUUCGUCGGAGGGCAUAGCGGGAUUUCUUAUAAGCGUCCGGGUUAUUGUCCCGCUCCUUGAAAGCGGCAGCUCUACCCUUUAGUUCAGUGCGGAUGUUGCCUGUAAUCCAUGGCUUCUGGUUGGGGUAUGUACGUACGGUCACUGUGGGGACGACGUCAUCGAUGCACUUAUUGAUGAAGCCAGUAACUGAUGUGGUUUACUCCUCAAUGCUAUCUGAAGAGUCCCGGAACAUGUUCCAGUCUGUGCUAGCAAAACAGUCCUGUAGCUUAGCAUCUGCGUCAUCUGACCUCAGUCUCCAUCACUAUGCUGUCCCUGGGUCCUGGCUCUCUUUAACAGGAAGGGAUUUAACUCUGAUGCUCGCUUCCAUUCUCUGCCACUCUGCUCUUGCUCAAUCUGCCGCUGUCACAAUCCUCAGCUAUUGUAUUCAUCCAGUGAACAAUUGACCUCUCAGAGACGUGCCCGGAUCCAGGCUUUCAAGUGAUUCUCUGAGUGCUUCAGAACUUAUAACUAAUGACACUCGAAAUGAAUACGUGCAAGGCAAUUUAGGCUAAUUAGGAAGCCUCUUCUCCCAAGUACUGAAACAUUAAGAUGACAUACUGUUCAUUCUGGAUUACUUUAAUUGGGACAAUUAUUGUAAUUUCGUCGCAAUUAGGCGUUGAGAUAAAAGCGCUUUCUAAAGCGCAUGUGUGCGAUUCCCUUUAUUGAAAAUCCUAAUAAGCUUCUAAAUACUUGGCCACAAAAGGAGAUUAGCUUUUUUUCCUGGAACACUUUUGAACUUUACUGCCUUUGAAUGAAGUCGUUUUGCUUCUCUUCCUCUAUACGCUAUUGUUAAUGCCGUAUUUCCAUCACGUACACAACUUGUCUGUAAAAUCUCGAUUGCACUGCUAACAGUAGAAAAACGCUUUUCUCCCUGUCGCCUUUUCCCUCAGAGGGAGCCCAUUGUCCCUGAGCUAAAUCCUGCAGGAGGCAUUUUGGUGGAAGGAGUAAACUUGUAAUUCAAUAGUGCUGCCGUUAUUUGCCAAGAGGCCCUAAAGCGCUCUAAAUUAUAAAGCUGCUGAAAAGCCAUCUAUUUCCCAAUAGAGUGUGGUCUAUCUCUGAUAGGGAGCUCUUUAUUGAGUCCACACAGUGUCUGUGACAAACCGUAUGCCCUCCAGAUAGGGGAGAUGGAGUGAAGGGGGUGAAGGGGGCCCUGUAGACAGGGCUAUUAUGAGGUCUGCAGGACUACAAUUGUGGCUCAUGUGAAUACCCCUUGUCAAUGUCAGGUGUCCUCAUAAACCAUGAUUGUUGGCACAUUGACAUAGCACCAUAGUAUCCAGCGACUACAGGGAAUAGUGGCUAUAUUUCAUGAUUUGAAAGUGAAUCCCGGAGUUUUGCUACCAGUGCUGAACAGAAAAAUUGAGUGUAUGAGCAGUGACUACUGUAAUGGCCUAAGCCCUGGUCUUUGCUGUGUCUAGUGUCCACCUGAUAGUUUUCUCUCAGGUGGGCUGAGAGUGUGGGCAGUCCAGGUGGUGAUGUUUCAUUCUGCCUUCGCCUCUCAUAUGGACAUGUUUAUCCAGUGGGAUCAGCCCUGGACUGGUCCAGCAAUACCCACCCAUCUGUUCUGUGUGUGAAGAUGGGAGACGCACCAGGGCCCGGGUGGGUGUGUUAGUUACAUACAUCCCUCAGGUGUUGGACCGUCGUGACUAAGGGAUGAAUCAGCAGUUAGGCGAGCUUCACCAGGCUCCCGCAGAGCAAACAAAAUGGCCACAGAGUCUAUGGCACAAAAUGUGAAGAAAAUCGAAAAAUGCAAUUUAGUACGGAGCUGUGGCCGAUGUCCACAGGCCCAACCUCUGUGUUAAGGUGUGUCCCUGGAAUUAGUGUUUGUGGAGAUGGCCAAAAGAAGUGGCAGUGGGAUGCCACAUUUCCCUACCACUACAUACUCUGGUGGUUAAUAACCAUGUGAUGGAAAAGCGGUCUGUUAUGUAGCAUUCCUUCUUAGCAAAUCCACUUAGAGCCCUUUCAUUAUUUCAUAAACUGAAGUUGAAUUUGAAGGAUUAAACUCUUUGAAACAGGAGAACCAGACUGUUUUCAGAUGAAAGCAGGGAUAACAGCCAUGUGAUCUAAAAUGUUGUAAAUCAAGGAUAGACUAUCAAAGACUAAACUCCAUAAUCAGAAUAUAAGGAGACCGACUGCUCAGAUAGAUUGUGUGCUUGGUUUUACCUGACUAGACUUUGACUACACUGUUAUCACUUUGGCUUUGUGUGCUAGUGGGUGUAUGCUAGUGUGGUGAGCCCAUGAGCGUUUGUGUGGGUGAGUGAGCAUGUUUAUGCUGGAGUCUGUCUUUCUGGAUGUGCCUGUGGACAUAUCAGUGAUCUCCCUCCCUCUCUAUUGUGCCGUAUGUGGUAGAAGGUGGCAGGGGUUUAAUAAAUAGCAGCGCUGGGCUGCGAGGGGUCAUCGGUGACCUUUAAAGUGGACAGUGUUGCUCGUCACCAGUCACAGGGCCUAGGGCACACUGAACCCCCUCUAGCUUUGAUGUGCCACCCAGGACCACAAAGGUCAAAUAGGGUCAAGCCAGCAUAGAGGAAAGGAUGGUCGCUAGAGAUAAAGGAAGUGUGUGGCGAGCAAAGCGUGCGCGUGCAAAUGCCAACUCUUCUGGGAACUCUUUUCUGGAAAUCCCUUGAGCCGAGCAAUGAAAAAGAAUGGGGUGUCUUUUCCCAUCAGCGCUUAAAAGUGGCUUCUUAUUCUGAGCAUAGUUAUGCAGCCACUGUAUAGCUUAAGGAUUUAUCAGAUUUAUCUGGUACCGAGUGCUUGAAUGACAAGUUCUUAAAAACUUGGAAGCACUCUGUUCCAAAUAACUUUCUUAAGAGCGUUCUUAAGAAUCCUGCUCUUAGCUGGCCACUCCUCUUUCUCCCUUUCCCAGAUAGGAAGCCGAAUAGAGGCGAGGUAAAGAAAUGAAUCCGUGGUCUUCUCCAAAUAGAACUGUCUCUCUCUCUCUUUCUCUCCCUCCCUUUAUGACUCAGUCUCUCUUCAUCAGGUCAUCCUGUGUCUGAGGUAUCUCCUCAUCAAUAAAGUUAAGUAAAGGAUUAUCGGUCGGGGCUGUUUUCAUGUUUUUGCCAGAAAAUAACAAACUUACAUGAAUCACUUGUUUGACUUCUCAUAUACCGUCUCAACCCUGACACGCAUCAAACACCCACAUUGACUGACUGCUCUGCUCAAUUCAUGUCAGGAUUGCCUCAUUCUAUUACCAUUUAGCCACACUCGGCAGUGGACUGGAGUUCAAAACGUUCUCUUUCACAUAAAUCAUCAAACUGGGCCUAGUUUUCUAAUAUCCUGUACAGGGUUUGUUAGGAAUUGAGUUUAGCUCCCUUGAAUGAAGGGUUCAGCUAAGGUUUUUGGGGUCUGGAACGGGUGGGUUUGUGUACAGAUGAGUUUAAUCAUUUCGGAGAAACUCUGAAUCCCAACCCUAUUUCUGAGAGGCCAUUCUAAGGCUGCAGCGUUUUUUAUCAGAGUGGUAUGUUUCCCAUUAUGCUGCAUUUCUCUGCGGUCCGUUUUAGAUACAAAGGCUCGGCUUAGUACAUAGGAAUGGCAAUUACAGGCUUAAACUUUGCCACGGAUGUAUACGAAAAGCAAAGUCGCUUUUAAUGUCCGCUGCCAUAGCGGAGAGAAGACGAGACCCAAGCAAAGAACGCCUAACUCUAAGAAUUCGGCCAAAGAAACAUGACAGUUUAAGUAGACGAAAACAUGGCGGCGUCUGAAGUGAAAACAUAAUUUGCUCUCGUUUUCGGAUAGACGAGGGCUUGGCAGAUUCCUCUCGCACAAUAAUCCUCCCACUCUGGAGUGUUGACGCUGCGAGGCCACGCGCCAGCCAGUCCAUCCGUUGGUUAGAGGGCCUCUUCGAGUUCGCCUGCCAGCCCGUCGGCCUGAGGAACACCCCAAGGCCCGGGCUCGCCAUUGUGACAGACCACUGUUGUUCUUUUCACCACCAAACAUUGAUUCUCUUUAUGGCCCUCUGAAAACAAAUGUGUGUUGGCAUUUCGCUUCUCUCCGGGCCCCUUUAUGGAAAUGCUCAGAGCCUCAUUGUGGGGCGUCUGCACAUCGUCCACACACAGAGGGUGGCUGUAAGCAUUGUCAAGUGACACAUUCAGCGCCUGCAGAGGUAGGAGAGCAGGGAGGAAUAGAGGGAGAAUUCUGCUCUUUCCCGUCAGCUGCAGUAUGUGGGAGUGUUGGAGGAGAAGAAAGGCUUGUCGGUCCAGUUUUUGGAUCGAUUAGCAUUUGGAAGAGCCCAGAAACCUCCCAAGCGCUACGUGCUGCAACAUAGACAGUGUAUAAGAGCCUGUGCUUGUAACACAAGUCCCCAUCAAUGGGGCUAUUGUGUGAAACCGGCUGCAGGAUUCCUGAAAUGCUUUAUUUCUGUAUCCAGACUUUUAAAAGUAACGUGUCGGCUUCCGAUCUCGCCACAGCGCAAUCCUCCAGCUUGUCAGUCUCACGAAAGAUGGACUAAUAGGCAAUCUAACAAAGCCACUCCUAUCUCCCUCCACCAGUGUCAGAAGCAAUUCAUGUAAAUUACUUGACGUCAUGGCUUAAAACUCUUCCUCAAUUGACUCAAUCUGUCUCUUGAAGUGUCCCAUUGGCACGUUCGGUGGCACUUAAAACAGCGCUCCAUGUGCCACAGUAGAUGGUCAAACGUGUUGGAUGGGACACCAGGUAAUAAACCCAUGCCAUCAUGUGUGAUUUCAUGUGUGAUUUCCCUGACCUGUGCUAUUAUCAGAACAAGGCCACUAGUAUUAAGAGAGAUGAUGUUUGGAUGACUCAGUCCCUUGUGGGUGACUGGUGGCUGCCAGCAGACAGUUCCGACUGGACAGCGUGGUGUGAAUGCUAGGAAUGGGGUCUCUGUGCCACAGUGAUGGAUACCUUUACUUAGUCCAUGCAGUCCAUCUUUGGAAGAUGUUGUUAACAGUGUGUGUGUGCUGGGUGCCACCAUGGGCCAGAGUCAAUAAAAGGCUCCUCUAAGUACUCAUAUUUGUAGCUCUGGGCAUCUCUGUAGAAGUAUGCUCGACUCUACUCCCCAUACAUUGGGUUGAGACUGAAGAUUUGACUAGGUCAAAUACAGGUUAUAAUUAAAUACAUUUGAAAUAUGUGUGUUAAAGGGAGUUAAUACUCAAAAUAAUUUGUUAAUCCAAAAAUGUUUAAAUAAAACGUCCGAGGUAAGGGUUCAGAAUACGUUUGAAUGGCCGCAUUCAUUAGCAAUUCUUUGGCAUUAUCUUUGUAAACUAUGUGGAAUAGCUCUAGGCUUUCUUAGGAAAGACAAAGCAUCACUUAAGAUUCCUUAGAGGCAGUAGGGAAGUGUGUGCUCUGUGUAGACACUGCAAGAGCUGGAGGAAGUCCCAUCAGCGCCGCACUAGUGUGUGUGUGUGUGUGUGUGUGUGUGUGUGUGUGUCACUGGCUCCUGUUGGUCUGCGUCUUUGUGCACACAAAUAAACAGAGAGCCCAGCUGGACUGCUGGAACAGCACAAGGCUCUCAGCGUGGGUUAAUACAGCGCGUGGGAAAUGGAAUCAAAAUCACAUUCCCUCACUACCAUGAAUCUAUCUAUGGAAAUCCCCAUCGUCACUGACCUUCCCAGGUGUGAUUGGGUGUUUUUGGUAGUGGACAGUGUGUUUUGUGCAUUUGAGACUGUGUGUUUUGUUAGUGAGAGUGUCUGAGAGGUUAUGUGCCUGUUUUGUGGAUGUGUACUUCAUGACAGGCGGCCACCUAAUGGCCUUAAUGUGAGAGGUCAGUUGACUAUUAGCAUGGCCAUCUGUCCGUCCCUUCAGACCGCACUGA